UCGUCAUGGGGAGCAAAGUCAGCUCCAAAAUGGCAGCUCCAGCAGCCCGAGUUAUCCAGGCGAUUCGGCCUCACGCUCCUCUGAUCAAGUUCCCCAAAAGACAAGACCUCCCAAAGCCCAAUGCCCAAGAAGCAUUGAAAUCAAUAGCAGUAAACUUAGCACCGCACAACGCUCAAGCCUCCCCUCCAGCUGCAGCACCCCCUCAGAUAUCAAGAUCUCAUGUACCUUUGACCCCAGUACCUGGCACGCCGGACACCCUGGCCUCUAUUCAGCUACUCACUGCGAGGUACCGCAGGAGGCCGCUGACAGAAAACGAAAUGGAAUUCAUCCAGCGCGGCGGACCGGAGUAACGAGACGCGACUCAUUCGCUGCAGCCAAAGUCCUUAUCAGUUGGAGAUCAGUAUGUGUUUCAUUCUGUUCCUCAGCACAGAGAACCUAAUGCCACAUGAGACAUGAUGUAGAAUAAACUAUUACAGAAAUCCUGUUAAAAUGCUACUAUAUGUUUAUUUUUACACGUUAAUGUAUUUUAGGUUUGUACUUAAGGGACGUCUUUUAUUGUGUUACAGAAGUCGUAAGAAACUAAAUUAGCCUCCCAGUUUUUCCCAGAUUGACUUUACUGUGGUAGAAUUAUUCUUCAAAAGGUCUGUCUUUGGGUUAACUGUGGUUUCAUGUUCUGGUACCGUCACAUAUUGAGAUUUUAAAUUGGUUUGAGUUUGUCUUUUAGUACCACAACACCCACAACUAAAGAAUGAUUGAGGGAAAUGAUUGCUUUAUUGUCACGUCUUUCCUGCAAUAAACUGCCAACACUAUCGAGGUAUAUCAAUUCACAAGGGCACGUAGCGAAGGUGGUGUCGACUUUGUGAGCUACUGCAUUUAAAAUAUUAAAAGAGAAUUGUCUUUUGA